AUGGGGGAUUCGGUACCGGAGAUCCGGCCUCUGGAACGCUACGACCCGAACCGGGCCAAAAUCAGCGCCAGUCUGCACUGGAUCCUCAGCCGGGCGUUCGGAUCUAAAGGGAGCAUCCCGGCGGACCUGAGCGCGUCCGUACCAGCCCAUCAGGAUGGCGACGGAGUGGGCGUCGCCCUGGAGAGCCAGCUCCUGUCCUGCGACCUGUACUGCCGCGCCUGCUCGUCUGUCCUGCCGGGCCACGCCCAGUCGCCCGCGGACCACGCCGGCCUGCUGCAGCUCCUCCGGCGCCGCGACCUGGAACCGACUCACAGCCGAACCCACAAACCGGUGUCACACGCCCAGCUCGCCGGCAAACCCAUCGACGUGGAGGCUCAUCUGGGCCUGAUAGACUCGCUGAUGUCAUUGGCUGCCAUGGAGACUGUGGGGCGGGUCAAGAUGGCCAAGGAGGCGGAGCAGUGCGGGGGCGGAGCCGCCUGGGAAAACAGCCUCCUCUUCUGGACCAAUAAGUUGAUUCAGAAGCUGAGAGACAGCACGGAGAGCACCGGGGUUCAGAAGAUACCACCGACCUGUACAGAUCUACAACCAGUACACGAAACUUGCCCGUCACGCUGGUACUGGAAACUGGUCCCACAUGCCAUCGCUUUUUGUUUGAAGGAGUCGGGGAAAAAGCCUCCUGUGAUCCGCUACAGGAAGGACAAGGUGCCGUCCAAACAGACGCCGACGUUUUCGGUCGUGUCCGGGGUCAAAGAUCUGUCCAACGGGUGCGCCGUGGCCGCCGCCAUACACUUCUACUGCCCCCAGAUUGUACCGCUGGAGGACGUGUGUUUGAAGGACAUCAUGUCGGUGGCCGACAGUCUGUAUAACUUACAGCUGAUCAGAGACUUCUGUGACGACCAUCUGAAAGGCUGCUGCCCCCUAGUGCUGGAGGACCUCCUGUAUGCCCCGCCAGUAUUACGGGUGAACAUCAUGUGCUUCGUGUCUGAGCUUCUGGCCGUGUUUGAGGUACAGAAGCCGGAUUUCGUCAAUCCGGUUCACACCUUGGACCUUACAGAUGCAUCUGGUCUGGAGGAGUGUACCAGCCCUAUCAACGGCAACAGUGGAUCUCCAUUCCUCCUGAAGCAGCCCUUGUUAUCCCUCACAUCCCCUCCACCUUCAGGUGGAGGAACAGAUGCCCAGGCCUGGGGUAAAAAGCAGAUCAGUCGUCCUCUUUCUGCAAUGGCCUUUAGUAUUCCUUUCCCUCUCGACAGCGAUGUGGACGUCGUCAUGGGCAACCCUCUGUUCCGCUCGGCUAGUUCAGACAGCCUCACUAUGGUGGCAAACCCAGCCUUGUACACACCCCCCGAGGACCUGAGCAAGCUGAUAGGCCAUGCCCCGUUGGGAGAGUUGCCUGCCAUCGAGGAGGCUCUCCAGGUAAUCCACACCGAACCCAGGCAGCGGCCGGAGGGAGCACCAGCUGGCUUUUUCCUGCAUUCUUCUGACGAGGACAAAUUCAGACUGAGCAGCUCCGCACCAUGCCGUUCAGGGAUGAUGUACCGACCCGAUGCAUCCAACCCAGGAACCCCUAACCGUGGACUCAAAGGCAAUAUGACAAGUUUCGCAGAGCGCAAGAAGAAGCUUCCAGAGUCUCCAGGGAAUUCCAGGGUCCAGGUAGCGGAACAGCUUUCAAGUCCAGGAGUGAUAAGCCCUGCCGGAGCAGCAGAGGCUCAGGAUCUGGGGGCACUCCUGGAGGAGAAACGUAAAUCCAUAGAAGCGCAGAAGAAACGCAUCGAAGCGAUCUUUACCAAGCAUCGUCAGCGAGUUGGUAAAACUGCCUUCCUUCAGCUGCAACGAGAACAAGGAGAGGGAGGAUGUGGGACCAAGGAAGAGACGGAUUUUUUGAGUCUGGAUGAAAGGCUGACUCGCAUGGAGGAGGAGCUUCAGAAGAAAGAGGAGCGAGAAGAAGAAGGAGAAAAGAAAAAGGAGGACGAGAAACAGGGGGAGGCAGGUAAUGAAGAAGUCAAAGCCCCACCCAAACUUGAGAAGCAGGUGACGUUCUCAGUGGAGCCAAAAAAGGUGCAGGAGAAAGAACGACCGUUGCUGGAAUACAAUGAGGUGGUGUCCAAGUUAAGCUCGACGUUGGAGGCACUUCAGAGGGACAUGCAACGUCUUACCGAACAGCAGCAGAAACUGAUGGGAAAGAAACCCUCCGCACCUACUAAGGCAACCCCCGGUUCUCCAAGCAAGGCGUGGAUGGUACCAGCCAGUCCAAAACUUUCAUCGACUCCCCCUCGUCUGUCACGUGAAUCCACCCGGGACCUUUCACCCUCAGGGUCACCAUUACACUCAAGUGACCUUAAAUCCCCCAAAACAAAAAGGUCCACCACUCCUCGCAAGCUGUCUGAACUUCCGAAGAGCCCCAAACGGCAGCACCUCAGCCGUCCUUCUGACCUCGGUUUCCAGCCUCUUAGUCGUGUCCUCUCACCCCUCCAAAGCGUCGACACCCUUCCACAUCUCCGGCGUGGUUCUCCCAGUCAGUGUCAGGUACAGACCAGCUCCUCCUUUCGUAUCGGGGGACCCCGAACACCACAGGAGCCAGAGACCCAAACACAGGAAAGUGCAGAGUCAGAGUCUGGCUCUCUGUCCAGUGAUGAACACACCACCCUGUUCAACCUGGAGCUGGAGCCUACCGACCCUCCACCGUCAGCCGUUGCCGAGUGUGCCGCGAGUGUCCUCGGUGGCAGCAGUUCCGGUGCACCCUCCGAGUGCUCGUUCUUUAGUGACGUGCUUAUGAGUGCCUCCCAGAGGCAGGACGAGGGUGAGAUGGACCAGGAACAGCUUGAUGUCUUCUCCUCUGACUCCAUGAGUGACCACAUGGAGGCGGAGAGCAAAGCCGGGGUCAGCUUCUACCUAAAGGAGGAGGAGGGUCUGUCCGAAGAGGAAAUGGCUCUGAAAAGAGCUUUGCUUCUGGAGCGACAGCAGAGACGAGCAGAGGAGAUCAAGAGGCGGAGAGACGAACCGGAACCAGACACUAGUCGCCCAUCCUCCACGGACACCCUCCGUGCCUGCGAGACUCCACCGCUUUCUCAGUCUCUGCCCACCACCCAUGUGUCCCCCACGCCACCCGAGGUCGUACCUGCAACAAACCCUCCAUCCACGCCACCUCUGGCCACGCCCCCUGGUACGCCUCAGAGAUGGGGGGCAUUUACCAGGGCUGAGUAUGAGAUGAGGCACCAGCUGAAGAUCAUGGCCGACCUGGAUAAAGUGCUGAAACAGAAGUCGGCGCAGCGCGGCAACAAGAAACAUACCCAGUCGCCACGCAAGGAGAAAACAGGGGCCAAACAGUCCAAGCCCACUCAGAAGAACGGCCCCCUGCCCAACGACAAACCAAGCAGUUCGUGCAACUCCCCCUCGAAGCUGAUGUCACCGGCCAAACUGUCCAAUCAGAAUGGAGAGAAGGACUGUGACAACGGAUCCAACGCUUCCUCCCCGGCAUCCAUCCCGGAAUACACCGGACCCAAACUGUUCAAGGAGCCGAGUUUUAAAUCCAACAAGUUCAUCAUCCACAAUGCUCUCUCCCGCUGUUGCCUUGCCGGAAAGGUCAACGAGAGUCAGAAGAACAAGAUCAUUGAGGAAAUGGAGAAGAGCUCGGCCAACCACUUCCUCAUCCUCAUGCGCGACUCCAACUGUCAGUUCCGGGCCAUCUACACCCUGGACGGGCAGUCGGACGAGAUGCAGCGGCUGUGCGGCGUCGGCCCGCGGACCGUGCCCCGUUCGGCCGUGGAGGCCAUCUACAAGUACAGCUCGGACCGGAAGCAGUUCAGCACCCUCCCGUCCCGCACCGUCAGCAUGAGCGUGGACGCCUUCACCAUCCCGGCACAGCUGUGGCAGACCAAGAAACAGAGCACACCCAAAAAAACGGCCACGCCCAAGUAGAUGGCUGCGAUCUGACGAGGACUUCACCGCUGGCUGUAGGGAUCCGAUCCAAGAGCUCAAAUCCAGAUUUGUUGUAAGGUGUUCAGACAGGACAUACGCUCUGAGAUCUUCAACCACUUCCAACUUGGAUCGCUUUGUACUUUAGCACGAAUUUACACCGCUUUUGUUAAAAUUAUAAUAAUAAAAUGAUUUAGCUAACGCUUUACCCAACAAAACCAUGUAGAGUACAAUCAUCGCCAUUCUCUCGACGAGACACCCCCGGCUACCUUCUUACCCAUCUAGCUACGGUAGGUCUGAACCUAGAGAUGUAAAAUAACCACACCCGAGCAUUUGAAUCAUGUCCUGUUUAUUUUUGAAGCAUGAUAAUGCGCCGCUGCUUACGUCCCGGACUGGAGCUGAGUGUACAACGUUCAAAUUCAUUACAAAUAAAUCAGAACAAUCAAAAGAGGAA